AUGACGUCGCGGGAUGUGCUUUUUGUGAUUGGCGUUAGAUACGCGAAAACACCUCACGAAGUAGUGUUCAUCCUAGAUCAGGAUUUAAAAGAUGCAUUUGCUUCGUAUACAAUUGCCUUUUGCAAGUUUCCAACCAAUUCGAAAACGACAUUGUGUGAACGUCUCUGGGUCAUGCCUUCCCUCAAUGCAACUGUCUUCCAUGCCUACGCUUACGGCACAGCAUUCUGGUAUGGCCUUCGAGGGUUGUGCCGCGUAUACGACCCAGCCAUGGUCGCAGACUGGUUCCGUCCUCCCUCCCAACUAAACCUUAUGCCCAACGACCUCGAACUCUACAACAUCCGCAAUGAUGGCUGGUGUCUGGUCACUCUGGCCCUGAUACUCAUUUCUCUCACCAACGCUGUACCGUUCGCUUCUCCUAGCUCCACAAAUUCGGCCACCGCAACCGCAACUGCGAAUAGCUCACCAAGUAGCGUAAUCUACGCCAAAGCGGUAGUUGCGGCGACGAUUUUCCAUCACAUUACUACGGGAAUUGGCGCGUAUCAGCAUUAUAAACUGGAUACGCAUUACAACACGAGCAUGAGUAUUGGGGUGUGGGGCAAUGUGUGGUUGACAUUCACAGGAUUGUUGACUUGGAUGUUGUUGCAGAGUGAGAAGGGGGAGGAGGAUGUGGAGCGUGUUGCGAGGAAGAUUCAAUGA